AUGCGCAUGCCAUGGUUUGCAUCAACAAUGUUUCGAAAAAGGUUCAGAGAUAUCUUGAGGUAUUUUCAUCUUGUAGAUAAUAGAAAAAAUGUUGAGAAAGGACACCCUAAUUACUCAAAACUGUUCAAACUUGGUGGGUUGGAGGAAAAAUUAAGUAAAACGUUUUCAGACAUGUAUCAUCCUGGGCAAAAUCUUAGCAUAGACGAACAAAUGAUUGGUAUGAAAAGCCGAGUGGGCUUUAUCCAAUACAUGUCCAAAAAACCAAAGAAAUUUGGUGUCAAGGUUUGGGCAUGUUGCGAAGCGGAAUCCUCGUACUGUCUGAAGUUUCAGAUUUACACCGGAGCGUCAGACACUGGAGCUGAGCAUGGUUUGUCACACCGAGUUGUAUUUGAUCUCAUGGAAAACUACCUCGAUCGGAAUUAUCAUUUGUUCAUUGAUAAUUUUUACACAAGCCUAAACCUGAUCAAAAGCCUCAAGGAUAGGCAAACAUAUGCCUGCGGAACUAUCAGAACGAACCGAGGUGAAUUCCCGAAACGAUUCAAGGAAGGAAAACUUGAUAUCGGCAAAUCAAUGUAUAUUCAGAUUGAUACUAUUGUUGCAGUUCACUAG